AUCCGUUGUUUGCUCGGCAACUGAACUAUUUUUCUACCUUCCUCUGAAAAAUCCGCCAUCGAUGGCCGGUUCUUGAGUUUGAUGAUGUAAAAGCAUCAGAUUUAGCAAAAACCCGUUUCUAACUCAUCGUCGCAGAUUUCCAGAUCCUCAAAAACAAUCUUUUGAUCGACAGGAACAUCACAUCAUGUAUUGCUUCAAUGUACCAAUGAAGGUAUUCCCAAACCCUUUUAUGGAUAAUCAUUCACUCUCUUUUCAAUCUCUCAAUUCAUUCUCUACAAGCCUAUACUCACCUUUAAUCCCAAAUACCACCGCCUAUAAAUCUUCAAACUUUCCUUCCAUCAGUUGCGGUCUGCGUGAAAUAAGAGACAGAAUCGAAACUGUGAAAAGUACCCAGAAAAUUACAGAAGCUAUGAAGCUCGUCUCAGCUGCUAAGAUCCGUCGAGCACAAGAGGCUGUUUUAAAUUCUAGACCUUUUGCUAAAAGCUUAGCUGAGUUUUUGUAUGUUAUUAAUGAACAGAUGCAAUUUGAAGAUGUAGAUGUUCCUUUAACAAAAAUUAGGCCUGUGAAGAAAGCUGCCAUUGUUGUUAUUACAGGUAACAGAGGUCUCUGUGGAGGACACAAUUCAACAAUUCUCAAGAAGGCAGAGGAGAGAAUCAGAGAAUUCAAUAGAAUUGGAUUGGAUUUUACUGUCAUCAGUGUUGGAAAGAAGGGUAAUUCUUAUUUUCGACGAAGGAGUGAUAUCUCUGUCGAUCGGUUUAUCGAAGUGAGCAGUUUUCCAACUGCUAAGGAAGCACAAACCAUUGCUGACUAUCUUUUUUCUAUGUUUGUGACUGAAGAAAUUGACAAGGUAGAACUUCUUUAUUAUAGGUUUGUCUCCUUGGUGAAAUCUAAACCUGUUAUUCAUACAUUGCUUCCGAUAUCAGCAAAGGGUGGACUGUUUGAUGAGAAUGGAACUUGUGUUGACGCUAGUGAAGACGAGUUCUUCAGAUUAACAAGUAAAGAAGGGAAGUUGUCUGUUGAGAGAGACAAAUUGACGAGAAAUGGAGAGAACUUUAAUCUUAACAUGCAAUUUGAGCAAGACCCGGUUCAGAUUCUUGAUGCGAUAAUGCCUCUUUACUUGAAUAGUCAGAUAUUGAAGGCGUUGCAAGAAUCGUUGGCCAGUGAGCUUGCAGCAAGAAUGUGUGCAAUGACUAAUGCUACAGAUAAUGCCAAUGAACUGAUGAAAGAUCUUUCAACUGUUUACAAUCGAACAAGACAAGGUAAAAUCACCAGUGAGUUACUGGAGAUUAUAGCUGGAGCUGAAGCACUUAAAGAUUCUUCAUAUUGAUUGCUCCCUGUUCUUGAACAACAAGGUAAACAAGUAGAUGUUUUCCUUAAGAUUUGAUAUAUUGUUUUUGAACAGAGAAGGAAGAACCCUUUGGAAACAAUAAUAUAACAUGUAUCCCUAAUAGAUUAAUGACAUUACAUUACUUUGGUUACUAUUGAGCUUUUGUUUUGA